GGACAGCAGUGUGCGGUCGCUAUUCGUGCGACGCGGAUUACGUAUUAGAGUUGUCUUCUGCUACGGGCAGGCCUCGUUCGUCGGGAGUUUCGUUCCAAAGCUUUUUCUCUCGAGAAGACCAGCAACACGGGACUCGUUUGUCGACAGACAGUCGAUAAGAUGCUACCUCGAAGGUAGUGACGAGAUAUCCGUCGCGGUCAACAUGAUUUCGGCGGAGCUUUCGUCCUAGAAAGUUGGCCGAGAUCGCUGGGAAGGCGAGAGACACAGGGGAGGAGGACCAGCUCGAUCUUCAUGAGAGAUGGGCAAGAAGGGUUCUAAGCGGAAAACGCGAUGGAGAACUCUCAGCAUUGGUGCUCCGCCGGACGAGGAAGACGAGAAGGAAGGAUUGCGGAACGGUUACGUGGUGAAGGGCCGGGAGAACGACCCGAGCGCGCACACGUUCAAGCGUAAUGGUCAGGGCACCGGGUACAAACCGCGUGAGGGCUCGAACGGCGGUAGCAGCAGCGGUUACAAUGGCGGCGGGACGCGGCCGCACAGGGACGACUCCGCGGGCUCGUCGUCCCAACCGAAGAUGGUUUUCAACGAGGACGAGUACACGAGGGUGACGACGCCUAGACAGGACAUUCUGUUUAAAAAGAGCUACUUAUUGCAGAAGAAACCGUGGGCGGAGAAUGCGAGCACUAGCGCCACCCCGUCGACCACUGAGAGCCAAUCAGCUUCGCAUUCCACCGCAGGUAGAGAUGGUAGCGAAACGACCGAGGAUCAGCAGCUAUUGGACUGCGGAACCAGCGAGAACCCGGUGGUGGUGGGGUCCAACGCGCAAGUGGGUUACGGUACAUUUUACGACCAUGCCACUGGUUACUAUUACGAGUACCCGGUGAUGUUGUUCGGUCCUACGAUGGUACCGACUCCGAUGGGGCCGGAUGUCACGGCCGCCGUUGCCUGCGGACCAGUGCCUCUAAGGCCGAUCGAGUGGAUCAAUCCAGCGUUCGUGCCCAAAUUGUCCGGUCAACCGUACUGCAUGAACUACCAGUGUACGCAGUCCCUGAAUCCCGCCAUUCGAGGCAGCCUCCCGAAUCACGACUCUAAGGGCGCCGUGAUAGAAGAGGAGGAGGGCGCGUUGGUGCCGUUGGAGAACACGAACGGCACGUGCAACGAGAGCGGCACCGGUAGCGUCAGUUGCAGCGGCAGCGUGACCGGCGAGGGCGAGGAGCAGCCGGCGGAGGUGGUCGGCAUCCCUAGCAAGGAUCAGAUCGACGUGGAUUAUCAGUUCGAGGAGCAGGUGGAAGAACAGUGUCUGAUGAACGGGAUGAACGACCUGGCGUACAUGAAGCCGAUGCUGAUGCAGCAGCCCGUUCACAUGUCGCACGUGUUGCCGGCGGUCCCGCAACCGUACAUGUACCCCGGCCAUUACAUGUUCGGCCCGCCGUUGGUCAACGUGAAUGGUGUUACCAUACAGUGCGGACCAAUGAUCAGAACUACGGACGUGGCGGUUAUGUCGGCAGGCUGUGGCAGGCGAAAAAAGAAGAAAAAGAGAAACAAUCAGACACUUGUUACGGGUAACACGAAGGACGAGGAAGAAGGAGAGAACAGCUCAGAAUGUGAUACUGAUUUAGCGUCUUCCCGACUGUCUUGGACAGGGUGUCCAACUUCGACGACGACAACGACUAGCGCCCGAACGCUGAAACCCGAUUGCAAGGAGUUUCAGUCGCGUUUAAUCGGUGAUCCUGAUAUUUCAUUUUCCGCCGACACACCGAUCUCCGAGGAAGAUUCAGUCACGAACCAGCUCGGCACGUUAUCGUCUAACACUAUCGAUAAGAACAACGAGCCUUGUAACGGCGUUGCCAAUGAUUCGAAGAACAGUGAAGAUGAACUAGUUGGCGAGAGUUCUAACGAAAUCGUCAGGCUACCAUCGAAAAUUCAAUCGGAUCCGCUCCAAGUGGCGGAUGAGAACAGUGAGACGAACAGACUGACGAAUCACCUCACCGGAAAAGAGGAUACGCAAUCGGCGAACGACUCCGCCACGGAAGUUGUUUCGUCGUUGAGCAACAACAUCAACGAUUCACCGAGCGAUUUAUCGAAUGCCAACGACUCAUACGAACGAUCGAGGGAAGAAGUGAACGGAGUCAUGGAAGAGAUCAGCCUGGUGAACGGGAAAUUAGAUUCUGACUCGAACAACGAGGACACAACCGUGGCUGUGACAUCGAAGACAUCAUCGUUGCACAACGAUGAACGAACACGUUCCAGAUCAGGUACACCAAAGACUGUCUCCACGGAGAAACCAGAAAAAGAAGAGAACCACGAAUCCUUAACCAACGCUAAGUCAUCAUUACCAAAGAGAAAAUAUAGUACAAAGGGUACUAAGUUUGUAAGGGAGCCGACUCCCGGUCCGGAUCUGGACAGUACUGUAGAGCUGGAUCUCGAGAAGGUGAACGACGCAACACAGAGUCUGAAUAACGUAAGCCCAAGCAAUUUCAUAAAAGAGGAUUCGAUAUUCGAACGCGAUAAGACUGACGACAACGAGGUGUCCAGCAAUUGCAUGUCAGAAUCUGUAUGCAAUCAUCUGAGCAACGAGGACCCGAUCGAAGCUUCGAACGAUGAUUCAGGGUUUGAGAGUCAAACGAAGCACUCUGAAUAUCCAAUCACAGAAGCUGUGACACAGUGGCUUCGCAAAGCAAACUCCCCGGAGAUGUUCAUUACAUCCAGCAUCUCGGACAAUGAGACGGAGAAUGAGGAUGAGGUUGAAGAGCCGCCAAAAAACUUGGAAGGCAACCCCAUACCUGCACUAUCUGUUAAUAGCGGUGUAGACAAUCUAGGAUUGUCGCGUACAGCUAGCUGCAGUGAGUUCGCAAGGAUCAACAACGUCAAGGGUUUAGAGCAGCCAGAUAUUAUGAAUAGCGGGUCGAGAAAGAAAAAAGACAAUAAAAAGAGAUCGGGGGAACGAAGACGGGUUAGGCAUGCGGAAGGGAAGCUGGAUGAAGUGAUAUCGUCAUCGGACUCCUGUGGUCAGCAAGAUGACUCCGUCAAUAAAAAGAAAAACUCGGCGAAAGACGUUGGUGACGUUUGCGAAUUUACUGAGGUGGAUAGCGUUGCGGAUAUGAGGGUUGCAUCAAAUUCUCGGAUGGACUCGAAGAGGGUCAAUGCAAGGCGAACGAAAAGACAGGGAGUAGGAAGAUCCAACGAAGAUCUCGUGAACAACAAUGAAAAGAUAAAGCGUGUAGAGGAUGAGAAUAAUAAGAAUGAGAAUGGAAUUGUUGAGGAUACUGUGAACGUGAAGACAUUUGAGAAGGGGGAGAUUGUAGUAUCCGAAGACGGCAAGUUGUUGACGACUUCUGUGUAUGAGACACUGUGGAACAAUAAUGCUUCCAUAGAUGUUAAAGCAGUCAAGAGUGAAACAACCAAAGAGACGGUUAGAAACAGAGAGAAAAGGAGCAGCAGUGUUGAAGAGGAGAACGCCAGUGGAAUAUUAUCCCUGGAUAGUAUAGAAGAGCUUGAUGUACUGGAAUGUUGGGAGGCUGAGACAAUUGAACCUGUGAUAACCCCAAAGAAGGUGUUACAAUGUCGAGGUGUAUCCUGCGAGGGUGAAGCUGGUGAAGAGGAUAACAUCGACCUUAAGCAAGUCAACAUGGAUUACGUACAGAAGUACUAUAGAUUGGCACGAGAAAGUGCUACUAGCAUAGAGGAGGAUUUGAACUCCAAAAUAAAUAUAGAUUCAGUGCCAAAUCGUUCUGAGGAAUCAGAAGCAGAAGUUAUAAAAGAAAAGGGAAACGAUACGAGUAACAUACCUAUUGAUGAAGCUUUUGAGGUAUAUGAAAGCUGUUACACUGGGAAGGCUCCAUUUUUGACCAUUGAUUCUAAGGUUUUUAAAUCACGAACGUUGUAUGGACAGGAGGGUGAAGGCCCUAUACCAUGCAGAGCGGUUUGUUGUAACAUUCAAUAAGCUUCAUUACGAGUACUUCACCACAGGGACACACAUCCCGGUACAGUUCUAAUGUCAAGGCCGUCCUUUUCUUAGCAACGUAUGCCUCUGACGUUGUACUCCUUUUGCUGCUGGUAUAUUGAUGGACACAUACACCAUACACGUUCAUUUUUUAUGUUCUUCAUUGCAUUAAAGAAUGUCUGACAAAUAACCCUGUGGGUGGUAGAUGUUCGAUGGUAUUUAGGGGCAUGCUCAAGGACAACAGUUGAUACAGCAGAAGCCUACGUGUGUUGCUAUUCAUUUCUGUAAAUAGCUUUUAAGGGGUCGCUCGCGAAUCGUGUUUCAUGGAAACUUUUGGUAAAUUAUUAUAUGCAUGGAGGCAUAUAUACAUAUAUAUAUAUACGAUAUUUUUUGACGUUAUUGUCAACGAUGUAACACUUGGUGCACAUAUUCUUAUUUCUUUUUCGUUUUCUUUUCUUCUUCGUUUCAUUACAUGAGUAUAAUCUUUCAAGCAAUCGAGCUUAACGACAAAUUGUUUUGAAUUUUUGAAUAUAAUGAAUAGCGAAGUCUGAAUUUUAUGGUUGAGAUAUCACCAAUUCAUAUUACUGCGUCAUACAUCGUUACUGUUUUGUUGGUCUCGCUGUAAUAUUUUAUAGGCACCGCACUAAUUAAUCCUACAUCAAAGUGAUUAAGGGAUAUUUUUUACAAAACUUACUCUAGAUCGUAAAUUUUAAAAGCACGAAGAGAAAACCUAGCGUUUUUCCACGUACCACGUUAGAUGGCCUUUCGCUUAGGGAAGUUUCGACUGCUCGUAGGAAAGUUUUAACCUUUACACUGCCGUAUAUUCAUUCACUACGGGAUUCGACUUCAAUCCGUAUGCUAGUAGAAUUUAUUCUGUUUUAUUACGAUGCUCCACAGUAUUCUUGUAUACAUUUGACAGACUAGUUAAAGUCUUGGUCGAGUUUCAAAAUUUUCUCCUCUAAAGUUUUAACUUUUCAAGAAUAGGUAGAACAAAUAAUUGCCCAGCGUAAAGGUUAAAAAAGUAAGAGAUUGUAAUGUGUAAUAGUGUGUACUAUUCGUUUUGAAAUUUUGAAGAAUGAAAGGAAUGAAUGACACUGACGGAUGUUCAGUGAUGAUUCAGUGAUUGAGAUAUGCUACAAAUACAAUAAUGGUGUGACAGUCAUACACAAUACAAUAAUAUCUUUGAUUAGGUACAGAGUAGCUGUUGACGAGAAAAUGAAUUGGUAAUGCAGUGAUCUAUUUAACUAUAGCCGUCACAAAGCUAAAAUAAAAUCUAUAUACAGAGAUGAUCGUUUUUGUUAUGCGAGUAAAAGAUGAGCAUGUUGUUUUGUAAUAGAUGUUGCAGUCAGGAAUAAGGAAACACAUCUCACGUAUACACAUGGUAAUGUACACAUUACAGAAGUUGCACUUGUUACAACAUAGUUCACGCUUUAGUUGAGUUGUACCGAGUAGAUGGAAUGUCUUAGGUUUGCAUAUUACGUAUGUUGGUCGAUAGACGUGGUUCGUGAAAAUCAUAUAUAUAUAUAUAUAUAUAUAUAUUAUAUAUAUAUACCCCAUAUCAUAAGGUGCGAAACAUACCUCAAAGAUACCUGUAUAUUCAAAACAACUGAUCAUCCAAAUAAUUAUAACAUCAAGUAUAAUAAUUAAUAAUAUUAAUAAUAAUGAUAAUGUUAAUAAUAAUAACGAUAAUAAUAAACUAUUAUCACAACAGCGAUGUAAGCACAAUCGUUCCUGCGAAGCUUUAGAUUCCCUAGGCACCAUACACAUAACACAAUAUACAGGACGAUCCAUAUACUUCUAGAAAUUCAUUGAAAACUGAACUACAUUAAAGAUAAAUGUAUCGCUAUAUUAAAUGCGCGUUGCAUCAAUUGUGUGCCUUAUUCCGCGGCAGCCGUUUUUGUAACCAUUUCAAAGCAUUCACCUCGAUGAGAGAACAAAGGCUAUCGAGUGACUUGUGAACAGUUGAAAUUUGUUAAAUCAUGAAAAUGAUAGUGAUGAAACGGAGCUAGUAUGCUUCAUGGCGAUGAUGGUUUUAUCUGGGCAUGCAUACAAAAAAUGAAUACAUUGAUUUUUUCAUACAUCAACAUGUUCAUCAAGUAUUUACAACUGACGUGCAUACAUUCAUAAGCAUUAUAGACAUUAACAUUGCAUCUUACACAAGUCAUGUUAUCAUAUAAUUAUAUUUUAGUUGGAUUAAAAAACAAACGUGUAAGGAAUAAGUGGACUUGAUGUUGUGUUUUUGCUUAAAAAAUAUGAAUAAAAUGUUUCAAUUAACUUAUAGUAUUCUUGAUUUGCUACCAAAAUAUUUAUUAUGGGAGAAACAAAAAUAUAAGCCAUGAAUGAUACAUAAUUAGAA